AUGAAUCGCGCUCAAUUCCCGCCGAUCUACCACACACCGCAGUCCAAUUCGCCUUCCUCUGUACAGUCUCCCCAAGAACAGUAUGGCCGACAUAUGUACGGUCAGAAUCCCGGAUCAAUUCCCCAAGGAAUGUAUCCGUACCCUCUACCGCAGCAAUCGCCAUACGGGCAGCAUCACCCAGCCCAGCAGCAUCCGCAGAUGCCUGCAAGCUUUCUGAAUUCACAGCAGCAGGGUCCGCCUCUGCCGCAUCAGACGUCUCAUCCGCACACCCCAGGGAUGACUGGCAGUCCAAAGUCGAGAAUGUCAAGCACACCGAUGGCACGGCCACCUUCGGGGGUGGGCCUACCUCAAGCUGGACAACCUGGACCGCCGACAAGCGCAGCUGGUGUACAAGGACCGCCAGGAGCCCCGAAUGUAAACCCAAACGCAGCACCUGGUCCCAUUCCCGCAACCACGCCGCUCGUUGUAAGGCAGGAUCAGAAUGGCGUCCAGUGGAUUGCUUUCGAGUACUCGCGGGACCGCGUCAAGAUGGAGUAUACGAUUCGGUGCGAUGUUGAGUCAGUCAACGUCGACGAGCUUCCGCAAGAAUUUAAGACGGAAAACUGCGUGUACCCUCGGGCAUGCUGUUCCAAAGACCAAUACAAGGGGAACAGACUCUUGUACGAAACUGAGUGCAACACUGUGGGUUGGGCGUUGGCUCAGCUUAACGCGUGCCUUAGAGGCAAACGAGGUCUCAUUCAGCGAGCGGUGGAUAGCUGGCGGAACAGCAAUCAAGAUCCGCGGCUACGGAGCAGACGAGUGAGGAGGAUGGCCAAGAUCAGCAACAGGAAAGCAGUUCAAGCAGCGCAACACGGCACGCACAUGCCGGGCUCCGGUGGUCCAGGAGCUGCAGGGGUUUCCAAUCCAGCUGGAGCUGGUCUUGCCGCAGGUCCUGGUCCCAGGCAACCUGGUAUGAGCAUGGGCGGGCAACAAUUACAUCAUCACCACGAACAUCCGGGCGGCGGGGCACCGGGCAGCAACGAGGAUGUCAGUGCAAGCAAUGACUACAAUGACGGACCGCAAACCCACCAUCAUCAAGCUCCGAACGGCCAAGGCAGCUCCAGCGAUGUGCGACCGACGCACAACUUCUACCCAACGUAUCCAACGCCAGCCAGUUCAGGAAACCCUUCCAUGCCGUCCCUUCAUAGCACGAUGGAUCAGCUAGGCUCGCACGCGUCUUCGCAUUCUGCUACCGUCGCCACUGCGAAGCAAGAGGAAGGCGAACGCAACAUCGCGCUAUUCGGCGACCUGCCAGAAGCCAAGCGUCGCAAGUUUAUCCUCGUAGACGACGCACAACGAGGCACACGGGUGCGGGUGCGAGUGAUGCUUGACCAGGUGCAGAUGGAGGAGAUGCCUGAUUCCUACCGCAAGAGCAACUCAGUAUAUCCGCGCUCGUAUUUCCCAACGCAGAUGCAGUCACCGCCGACAUCACCUCGCGGCUCGCGCUUCUUCGACGAUCCGGAAGACGACAGUGAGGAGGGUGGAGUUGCUGGAACGGCGCCCACGACCGGCAGGACGCUGGUAUCGGUGCCUAUGAUGGAUGGCUCGGAGGCCAAGGUGCCAAAGCCAAGACUGACGCGGGCAAAGCGGAGGAAAGAAGUCACGCUGAACGACCUUGGCUAUCGCAUGAGCUGGAGCCAGAGCCGGGUGUUCUCGGGGCGGACAUUAUUUUUGCAGAGAUCUCUCGAUGCAUACCGCAACAAAAUGCGCAGCACCAUGAUUGCAGCGAGCCAAGAUGUAGGCGCCGUAGCACCACACUUCGAGACCCGCGUCGGGAAGCGCAAGUGGUUGGAGAGAAGCAAAAGGGCGAAGCGUGAGCCCACACCUUAA